AUGGACAUGGACAGUAGCAUGUCUGGAGGCCCCGGCCUCACGGAUGCGGGCCUAAAUAUGUCGAAUUAUACAGUUGCAUCGGACUUUCUAGCCGCGCUUCUCGAUGACACCACCUUGCAGCAGUCCGAUUAUGCUAUCGCUCGGGCUUUUUGGUACGGCAUUGUCAUUGUCAUUGUGUUGGCGGGCAUGGUCAACUGGAGUCAAUGGGGUCUACUGAAGUUACGGUCGGUUACACUAGAUAUCGUGUUGAUCAUACCUUGUUGCACGGCUGUGGUUCGAGAAGUUUCCUACCAUCAGAUUACCCCCACAAACUCGUGGCUGCGGAUACCAGCAGUUGGAUCAAUCCUGCUGAUUCUAAUAUAUUUUGGCUACAUCAUGGGAUUGCAGUUCUUUGAUUGGAACUAUCCUGGCGCUCAAUAUUGGGAGGCACAGGGCCUCCGCGCGGGCUGGCUCACGAUAGCUCAAUUUCCACUUCUCCUUCUCCUUGCUGGGAAGCGGAAUUUGAUUGGAUACGCAGUAGGUGCCUCGUACGAGCGACUCCAGAUUCUGCACCGUUGGGUGGCAAGGAUCAUGCUACUGACUGCUACCAUCCAUGGUGGUGUUCAAGCCUAUGGAUGGAAAAAAAUAUGCUGGAUUCUCUUGCUUUGGCUCGUUUUUUCCGCAACUGCUCCAAUUCGCAACUGGCGUUAUGAGAUAUUCGUGGUUCAACAUAUCAUCACUUUCAUUGGAUUUGUGGUGGCUAUUUUCUACCAUUUGCCUUCAACCGCCCUGAGUUCAAGGAUAUACGCUUGGAUCGGGGUCGGUCUGUUUGUCUUUGACCGGUUGGUCCGGGCCCUUAUCUACGCUUUCAACAAUAUGAAGCUGGCAAACUUCACCCUUCAUGCUCUCUCGGGCGAUGUCACGAAAGUUCGGAUAAAUUCCCCUCAGAUCAAAAAAUGGAGCCCAGGGCAGCAUGUCCUUCUGUCUAUUCCCGAGUUAGGACUUGGUCAAUCGCACCCGGCGACAAUUCUCUCUAUUCCCUCGUCUCAUGAUAAUGACCUAGUGUUCAUCUUGCGAGCUCAUCGAGGCUUCACUCAGCGGCUACUCCGUUCGGCCAAAUCAUCCUCCACGGACCUAUCCCAGGGGGCUGAGGUAAAAGAGAGUAAUAGCAACGUGGAUGCUGUUCCGAUAAUAAAAAGGAAGCACUUUUCGCUCAUCGGCGGACCUUACGGCGGAUCACAUUCCGAUUUUGCGGCAUUCGACACCAUCCUACUCGUCGCGGGAUCAACUGGUGUUACAUUCACUCUACCAAUUUUGCUGGACAUUGCUCAUAGGUCAGAAAAUCAGAGGCUUCCAGUACGCAGAAUAGUGUUUGCUUGGGUCAUAAGGACCAUUUCGUGCAAAGAGUGGAUUGCGGACGAGCUACAACGGGCAACCGAAUCGCUACUCAAUGUUGGAAUUGAAAUUGAAGUGCGAUUAUUUGUGACCUGUGAGGUUGAUGCGACGGAGAAAUCAACAAAGAAAGCAGGAUGCAAAUGCAAGAAUUCAGAAGGGCCGUGUUGCUGCAGUGAUUUAGGUAUUGAAAAAAGCCAAGCUGCUCCCAGCACAUUUAUCACUCAAGGAAGUGAUGAUCUAGGCAUCGGAUCAUCUUCGGCCGAAAGUCUACGACAAAGGCAGCCGAAAAUGGGCAACUCGUUUCUAUCUGCCUGCUUCACAAUUGAGUCUGGCCGGCCUCAGCUGAAGCCUCUUCUUUGGGACCUACUGGAUCAUGCCAAGGGGGAAACUGGUGUGGCAGUGUGUGGACCUCUGGGAUUAGUGAGCCGUGUUAGAAACACGGUUGCUACUGUUAGUGAGCAACGCGGUUCAAACAAAGGAACCGGUGCUGAAGGUGUGUAUCUACAUGCAGAAAGUUUUGCUUGGUGA